AUGAUAACAUCAUCAAUAAAACUACUAAUUCCGACACUCGUCGGUUUAUUAUGCCUCCAUUUUGCCCGGUUCAGCACUGCAUCUAAUGACAAUGAGAGACAGAUAUACAUUGUGUACAUGGGAGAACUGCCGGCCGAGCAAACAAUUUCUCUGACGGAUGUACACCACAGCCUUCUUUCAGACAUAAUUGGAGAUGAAACAAUAGCUAGGAAAUCAAAGCUAUACAGUUAUGGAAGGAGUUUCAACGCGUUUGCGGCUCGACUAUUGCCCCGUGAGGCAGAACUAUUAUCGAAGAAAGAAGGAGUUGUUUCGGUUUUUAAGAACAGAAAGCUGAAGCUGCUUACGACACGAACAUGGGAUUUUCUCGGAAUGUCGGAGAAAAUUAAGAGAAACCAUCAAACGGAGAGCAAUAUAAUUGUAGCUCUUAUUGAUACAGGUAUAUGGACGGAAUCACCGAGCUUCAACGACAAAGGCUUCGGCCCUCCUCCUUCCAAAUGGAAGGGCAAAUGCGUCACCGGCGUAAACUUCACCGGCUGCAACAAGUCCAAUCUCGAUAAAUUAAUAACCUCGUAUUUUCGACACGCAUGCAGCAAAGUGAUCGGCGCACAGUACUUCAACAUCGGGGAGAGCGCGCCCCCCGACGAGGCGACACCAGCGGACACUGAAGGGCACGGGACCCACACGGCAUCCACGGCCACGGGGGCCGCCGUGGCGUCCGCCAGCCUCUACGGCUUGGGUGAGGGAACCGCCCGGGGGGCGGUCCCCUCCGCCCGUGUGGCGAGCUACAAGGUCUGCUGGGGUUACGGUUGCAUGGAUGUCGACAUGCUGGCGGCAUUCGAUGCCGCCAUUGCUGACGGUGUCGACAUCAUCUCGGUCUCGAUCGGUGGGUCCGUCCGGAGCUUUACGGAAGAUUCCAUAGGAAUCGGAUCUUUCCAUGCUUUGAAGAAGGGGAUCCUGACGGUGUGUGCGGGGGGGAACGACGGGCCCUACUUGGGGUCGAUUUCGAACGUGGGCCCGUGGAUUAUGACGGUUGCUGCUAGCACCGUUGACAGGAGAUUCGAGACAGAUGUUGAGUUGGGGAAUGGUGACAAGAUUUCUGGGAUUGCAAUUAAUACAUUUGCACCCAAAAAAGGGCUUUACCCUCUAACAAGUGGAGCUCUUGCAAAAAAUAAUGCAACUUUUGGAAAUUCAAGUGCAUGUGAUUAUGGAACACUAGACAAGGAGAAGGUGAAAGGGAAGAUAGUGUACUGCAAGGGGGCGGGGGGCGAUUAUGUCGUAAAGGAAUUAGGUGGGGCCGGCACGGUAAUGUCGAACGAUCAAGACAUGGACACUGCGUAUGCCACGGGGUCUUCGGCGAGUUAUGUCACUCUUAAGGAUGGUCUAAAGAUUGAAAAAUACAUUAAUUCCACCAAAUCAGCUCAAGGUGUUGUAUACAAAACAAGAAUUGUUAACACAACUGCACCCUUUAUAGCUUCUUUUUCAUCUAGAGGACCUCAAACCCUAAUCUCUAACAUACUCAAGCCUGAUAUUGCUGCACCUGGAGUGAAUAUAUUGGCGGCCAUUUCGAAAUUCACCACAGUUGUCGGACAUGAAAACGAUAAGAAAACAUCGAUAUUCAAUUUUAAUUCCGGAACUUCAAUGGCUUGCCCUCAUGUAGCCGGGGCCGCGGCCUACGUCAAAUCCUUCCAUCCAAAGUGGUCUCACGCCGCUAUCAAAUCCGCCCUUAUGACCACUUCAAAACCAAUUAAAGUAAAAGAGGGGGGAGAAUUAGCCUCCGGGUCGGGACAAAUAAACCCGAAAAUGGCAGUUCAUCCGGGUCUUAUUUACGAUAUCAACACAACCUCGUAUGUGGGUUUGCUAUGUAAGCAAGGCUACAAAGACAAAGAAAUUGCUUUGAUAACUGGAAGCGGAAAAUACAACUGCUCGAAAAUUCAACGUGGAAAAGGUGCCGACGGGAUAAACUACCCUUCGAUAAAUUUGCAAGUCAAGAGUCGAGAAACCAAUAUAUCGGCUGUGUUUUACCGGAGGGUGACUAAUGUUGGAGUUGGCAAAUCGGUCUACAAGGCCAGAGUUGAGUCGCCGAAGGGCGUUUCGGUCAAAGUGGUUCCGGAUAUUUUGUUGUUUAGCCGGGCCGAUCAGAAGAGGUCGUUUAAGGUGACUUUGAAAGGGAAGUUUGUGGACAAGGAUUCGCGGUACCUUUCGGGUUCGUUGGUUUGGAGCGACACCAAGCAUGAAGUUAGAAGCCCUAUACUCGUGUCACUUCCAAUAAGUUAGCACAUUUUUUAUUUUCUUUUUUGAAAAUAAAAAGUUUGAAUUUGGCGGGAAAUCCCCCAUUGUUGCAAAUGAGGUGUUGGUGUUAAUCUAGGCUAAGAAAAAAAGUUCAAAUGAACGAAGCAUACUUGCAAUAAUGAAAUAAAAGUUGGGACAUUUCUGUAAACAAAUACAAAUAUAGUUGCCAAUCUUGAAUUUCAUCUAUUCGUUCCUUGUUCUCGUGGACUUAAUACUUAGGGUUCGUUCGGU